AUUUGUAGGUGGCAAACGCGCUACGCCAACGAGGCGCAACUCCUUUCUAGAACUUUGCCAGAAAGCAUCUGGGCGGCCAUUAUUUCUAUUCUCAUAGUUUGGGCAUGGCUACGAGUACAGUUCCUGCCGCGAGUAACAGCGGGAGGCAAGCUGUAGGUGAAGCAUCUGCUGUACGUGUGGUAUCUAAACCCGUGCCACAAUCACAGACUCAGGAUCCCCGGAAAUAUCAACUGGACCAGCUUAAGAAACGGUUUGGUGCACAGCUUACGACACUGCAGAAUGGGACGACAAAUCUCUCGUUUCACUUAAAACCUUCAGAUCCGGACUUUCCAUUUGAGCUGGAUUAUCUAGACUGUGAGGUUCAAGUCCCCCGAUCAUAUCCUGAGCGACCCCCUGCACUUCGCGUCAAGAACAAGGAUAUCCCUCGAGGUUUUAGCAUCAACAUUGAAAAGGGAUGGGAAAAACUUGUGCAAGACAGGCCAGAUGCUACGUUGCUUUCUCUGACAAAUGCUUUGGACAAGAAACUCGAGGCAUUUCUUUCAGAGCAGAAAACUGAAACAGUCACGCUCGUGACGUUUAAGGACACAAGACACAUGGAUGCACCCAACCCAACACCGGUUAGCAGUGCAGUGUCUUCGUCUCAAGCAGUACCAAAAGCAGCACAUAGCAGGCCUUACGUUCCCGAGGAAUCAUUCACGAGAGAACAAAUAGCCGAUGCCAAAGCCAGACGCGCACAAGAAAUUAGACAACUGGAUGCUCGUAUGGGCCGCAUAUCACUUUUCCACAAGUCAGCAGACGGCAUAGUAUAUACUCUACCUUUGGAGCCUAAACGACGGCUGGAGCUGCCAGUGGAGCUGCAAAAUGUGAAGUCAGUCCAGCUGAUCAUUCCACUACUCUAUCCUCUUCAGCCCCUAAGGAUACUUCUAAAUGAUGCCGAAUCCCAAGAUGCAGAAGCACUAGAAGAGGCUUUUGCGAAACGGGCUGCUCAACAAAAGCAGAUGACGCUGAUGAGUCAUCUGAAUUAUCUCACCCAAAAUAUUCAUCUUCUUGCAAAAGCAGUACUGCCAGUACCAACUCAAAUACCGACGGGACUUCAGAAUAAGCCAACAGAGCCGCAAACAGCGGCAUCAAACGCACAUCAUUCUGUUGAGAAACCCGAUAGAAGCCACAUACAAUUUAUUCCCCGGCCACCGGAGUGGACACUGGUAGACGAGAAUGGUGAUUCAGAGGAAUCUAGCGACGAUUGGGAUUCCGGGGAUGAGUCUGAUGAUGGCGGUGUCCUCAUUGACAAGAAGGGCCCCGAGACUUCGCGACCUCCGCAGCCGGUCGAAAGCGGAACAUCAAUAUCUUUCCCUUUCGUCGAGCUCCACAGCAUUGAAUUACUGCAAGUAACCAUCCUUGGUCUCAAUGUCAAAUGCGAAAGAUGUAGGACGAUAAACGAAGUCACUGGGCUGAAGCCAAAUCUGGAGAAGGCAAGUAGCUGCAAGAAAUGUGCGACGGCUUUCACGGUAAAAUUCAGGCCAGAGAUGGUACAUCAACAUUCAACCCGAGCUGGGUUUGUUGAUGUGGCAGGCUGUACUGUAGCCGACAUGCUGCCGAGUACCUUUGUGCCGACAUGUGGCAGAUGCUCGCAUCCAGGGCUUGGUCUAGUCUCUGUCCGGGGAGAAGUCACCACUAACAUCUGCCGUGAAUGUCAUGGCAAGUUUACUUUCAAGAUUCCUGAGGUCAAGUUUCUAGCCAUUACACAUGGUACGGUAGUGCCUCCUCCCACAGGGCCAAGGCGACGACAAGAGAAACUGGGCCUCCAUGCAGGAGAACCAUUGCCAGACCGAGGUUCAUGCACACACUACAAGCGCUCUUACCGGUGGUUCAGAUUCUCAUGUUGCAGUAAAGUGCAUCCUUGUGACAAGUGUCACGACGAUGCGGAAAAUCACGUCAACGAGUGGGCAAACCGCAUGAUUUGUGGAUGGUGUAGCAGAGAGCAGAACUAUGCCGUCGAAGCAUGUGUCUUCUGCGGACGAAGUGUUAUUGGGAGGAAGGGCCGCGGCUUUUGGGAGGGUGGCAAAGGAACCAGAGACAAGACGAGGAUGAGCCGGAAGGACAAGAGGAAGUAUCAGCGUGUAGGAGGUUCUGAGGGAAAGAAGAAAGAGUAGGACGCGUGCACCUCUGCCUGUAUUCUUGUACAUCACCCAAUCCGCUAUACUAGCCAGGAUGGUGAGUGCAUCUUCAGAUUCAGUACUGUGCUAGAAUGGAAUUGGCUAUAUGGUUCCCAGUAUUUACCGCCAUGAUGAGGUGAGGGCGCUUAGAGAACCAGUCACGCCACAACUCAGCGCCUAAAGGACCAUGAUCAUUUGCACAAACUGUAUGAAUUACUCAGGACCUAUGAAAAGCAUGGGAUCACUUUGACUUAUGAAUAUGUACACUUUUAGCCAUUGUGUAUUGGCGCGCCGCCAGCACAUGUCCACAAACAUAAA